AUGAAUCGUCUUUACAAGCUGAUCUGUCUAUCACUACUGGUCUCUCUGGCCAAGGCACAGUUGGAUAACCCUGCUGAAGAGCUUUUAGAUGCGACUAACAUUGACCCAACGGAAAAGCAAAGUGGAUUCGACUGGAGCAACAGCGAAUUACUAGGAGGAGGAGGAGGAUCAGUAGCAGCAGUAGACACUGUGGAAAAGAAAUCAUUCAUCAUUUCAUUGCUGAUGAUCAUUGUAUCUGAAAUUGGCGAUAAAACCUUCUUGAUUGCUGCCAUCAUGGCCAUGAAACACUCUCGACUGGUUGUGUUUAGCGCCGCCUUUUCAUCGCUUGCCAUCAUGUCUGUCUUGUCAGCAUUCCUAGGUCACGUCGUUCCCAACUUGAUCCCCAAGGAAUACACAGAUGUGUGUGCUGCAUUGCUGUUUUUGUGUUUCGGUUUACGUAUGAUGUACGAAGCUUACCAUAUGGAAAAAGGGGCUGAAAAUGAAGAAAUGAACGAAGUCGAAGAAGAAUUAAAGACAGUAGAGGAUCGCGAGAGAGCAAGCAAGUUGGAGGAGAUGGAAGUGGGUGGUUUGGAGGCCAGUGCAGACGCCAGCACCACCAGCACAAGCAAAGGACAACAAGCAAAAGAAGGAUUGAUGAAUUUGAUGCAGUUGGUCUUUUCACCUGUGUUUGUUCAAACCUUCGUCUUGACCUUCUUGGGUGAAUGGGGUGAUCGUUCUCAAAUCUCUACAAUUGCUUUAGCAGCUGCAAACAACGUUUACUAUGUCACUGCUGGCGUCGUUAUCGGCCAUGGUAUGUGUACAGCACUUGCCGUCAUUGGUGGCCGUAUGUUGGCAUCCAAGAUUUCUGUUAGAACAGUUACUUUUGCUGGCGCAAUUCUUUUCCUCAUUUUUGGUGUGUUUUAUAGUGUCAAUGCAUACAAUGGACUUCAAGAAUAA